UUGUUUGAUUAGGAGUAUCAACUUCGGGUCUGCGCGUACUUUGAUCUGUUUACUAGUCUGUUAGGAGUUAGCUGUUACAUGUAUUCUGUCUAGCUAACUCUUGUGUUUGUCAUUUUAUUCUAGUCUUUUGAAAUAAAAACCUAAACUAUCAUGGGUGUAUCAUGUGGAAAUACAAGCCGACUCACCUUUAUGUUAGUACUUGUAAUUAUUUAUUUCCUGGUCGAGCUGAUAGUUGGGAUUUCAAUACAUUCCAUCUCUCUAGUUGCAGAUUCAUUUCACAUGUUAUCGGAUUGUCUUGCCUUAGUAAUUGGGAUAGUUGCUUCACGGGUAGCAAAGUGGCCUCGAUCGUCUAGAAAUACUUUUGGAUGGCAGCGAGCUGAAGUAAUGGGCAGUUUGAUCAAUACAGUUGUUUUGAUUACGUUGUGCAUGACUAUUCUUUUGAGAGCUAUUGAGCGGUUUAUUGAGACUCAGGCCAUUGAAAGUGCUCAAAUGAUGGUAUAUGUUGGUUGUGGCGGUCUCCUGGUUAACAUACUGGGACUUAUUGUUCUUGGCGGUCAUUCACAUGAGGGUUCGCAUGGCGGGGUUGAUUCAGCAGUAGACGCAUCGAUAGCUCCAACGGCAUUUGGUACUACUUUACCGCUAAAUAAUGCUGAUGAAACAUUUUUGGAGGUGAAUUCAACACAGCCUAUUUCAGGAGUAAACAAUAUAUAUAACAGAGUGGAUAGUAAUGCCCUACGGUUUACCGAAAAGGACCAAAAGGAUGGUUUCGAAGCAUCACAACUUGACACCAAACAACAAAAGGUGUCUGUCAAAAUCAAGCAUAAUCAUCCCAGAAAGUCUCAUAAAAGUUCAAUGAACAUGCAGGCUGUGUUUCUACAUGUACUGGCUGAUUUUAUGGGUUCUGUUAUCGUAGUAGUUAGCGCUCUUGUAUUAUUGUUAGUACCCGGUGAGGUUUCCAAAGGUGAAGCAUUAUGGAAGUUGUAUGUUGACCCAGCUAUGAGCAUACUAAUGGUUACUAUAAUCUUGAUUACUGCUAUACCUCUAAUGUAUAAAGCUACAUUAAUAUUGUUACAAUCUGUUCCUAGUGAAAUUUGUUUAACAAAUCUUAAGACUCGUAUGGAAAAUAUUGAUGGAAUUCAUAAAAUUCAUGAUCUGCAUGUAUGGCGUUUACAAAGCAAUUGUAUUAUUGGAACUGUUCACAUUCGUUGUGUUAGUCUACCGGACUAUUUAAGUAUUGCUCGUGAAGUGAAACAACUAUUCCAUGAAUUCAAUAUACACUGUACAACAAUACAACCGGAAUUUGAAGAGAAUAUUGAAGGAUCAACGGAAAAUACGGAUUAUUUAACAUGUGUUUUGGAUUGUGGUCCGAACAAGAAUUGUCAGUCAGAUACUUGUUGUCCAGCAUCAAAUGCUCUGCCUGCUAAUGUCACAGCGGUACAAUUUAUCCCUUCAAAUGGGAAUUCUACAUCACAAAAUUCAUUCAAUUUACUACAAGACACCAGUUCUAACACAUCUAAAAAUAAUAAUCAAACUAAUUUACCUAACAAUGAUGAUGUACACAUUAAUCUCUCCACAAAUUCUGAUAGUUGAUUUUUUUUUAUUAUUAUUAUCAACAUUUGCAUACCAAGAAAUUUGUAAAUGCCAUGAGAUAUUUUGUGUUGAUGAUGUGUUUUAUUAUGUCACUUUUUGAUCUCAGUAAAAAAACAAAACCCAGAUGUGAACAUUUUCCACUGUGUAUUCUAAUUUCAUUCUAUUAAUCUGCUCAAAAAUUGUUGCAACUGCAACCAAUUACUACAUUUGUAUACAUACAUACAUACAUACGCGCAUAUAUUUAUUAAUAAUAACCAUCACUUCACAACUAGUAGUUGUGUUAUAAAAAGUAAACUAUCCUCAUAAAUUAUUAAUUAAAUCUCUAGUUUAGGCAACGCUUGAACAAUGAACAAAUAAACUAUCUAUUGCUGUUUGUUUAUUUCUAGUGAAAUUAUAUUUGAAAUUUUUGUAUACAUAAGUAAUUAAACCUAUGUAUACAUACGUAUAUUAUGUAAAUGGAGGCAUUUGCUAAUUUAGUUUACAUUUUCUUCUUUAAAGAAAAAACAAUCACAUUAUUUUUAUCAUCUCUCUUUCUCUUCUUGAAAUUGCUCAAAAAGCCUUUCAUAUGUGAGAAUAGAGAAAAAGGGUCAGUGUUAUUAUUAUCGUUACUACUACUAUGUUCAACAUAUGUUGAGUUGAAAUGGUUGAAAUGAUAAUUAAUAAUUAUGAACGAUUUUAAUCAUCCUUGUUGUUUAGUGUAUGUUGUUGUAAUCAAUUUUUCAAAACGUUUCUACAAUUUUUGGUUUUUUCUUUCUACUACAUAUAUAUAUAUAUUAUUUCUAUUCUCAUCCAUUUAAAUUCGUCCAUUUGAAAAUUUUCUUCUUUUUAUAUACACAUAUAUAUUACGUGUUUAUUCUUAUGAAAUAUAUUAUAUAAUAUUUGUUAUAUUAAUGUAAAUUUACCGGUUGUCUUACUUACAACUGCCUACUUUUUAGCAUCAGUUUUUUUUUGUUUUUUUCAAUAACAUUUGUUUUCAAUAAAAUUAGAUCUGAUUAAAUUUUUUUAUUGAGAAAUAAUAUUAUAUUCUCAUUGAAUUACUAAUAUAUGAUGUGUGUUAUAGUAUGAUCACCAUUAUGAUUACUAUUUAGUAAUUACUAUCAUAUGCCUUUUUUUUUAAAAAAAAAAUAAAGAAACAAACUUCUCAUAAAAAAAAAUGAGUGUGUGUAUAAUCAUAUAUACACCUUUAGUGUUAUAUAAAACAAGAUUGAAUUGUAGUUAGCCGUCAAGUGAAGAUAUUCCUGGUCUCAUGUAAAUAAUCAUCCUGUUGGCAUUCAAAAGAUAUGCAUACAUAUUGAUCUGAUAGUCUUAUUUUACUCUAAUUAUCAAAAUAUAUAUGCCUAAUAUUGUGACUAUUGGAUAACUGGGCUGUUUAACGUAAUCUAGAAGAUAUCAACUGUAAUUUUGGAUUACUUUUAAGAAGAUAUUUUUUUUAUUUUCUCCUUAAUCAGUUUUUUUUUUUUGAUUUAACCUAAAAUUCAUUUCGGAUGUAUAUUUCAAUCUUUACUUCGUAUAAUUCAUGGACUUUGGUUUAUUCGAGUGUUUUCAUCGAAUCUACUACUGAUUUCAUUAGUUCUUGUACAGGUGAACUAACUGGUCAAAUGGUAACUGAAAUAAUAAAGUUGAUGAUGAAUAGAUUCGUCUUAUCUAAUAUGUUAGUUCGACACAUUUUUUAUUCAGAUCCUAUUCUAAACUCAUCGUUUAAAACAGUCGUUAUUAAAACGGAC